CAACUCUUCUGCUUUCGCUGAAGAAAGAAGGAAAGAUCGUUGGCUAUGGCCGCUGCUCUCGGGGGUUCCCUAACCCUAGCACCGCGAGUGGCGAGCUCACCGCCUGGGAAUCUCGCGCCGGCGAAUCUAGUGGGGAAAGCUGGCGCUGGCAGUAGAAUCGAGGCGAGGGUUUCCAAGGUAGCUCUGGCUAUGGCGGCGGGCUCGCCCGUGGAAGAGGCAGUGCACGCUUCGGUAUCAGGGAUCAUCCAUUUCUCACUCGCCCCGCGAUUGUCACAGGCCACGGGAGGAGAAACUUUGCCGGAGCUCCUGACAGAGUAUAUGGUGGACAUGAAAUGCGAGGGUUGUGUCAAGUCGGUUCGCGGCAAGCUGGAGCCUCUGGAAGGCGUGAAAGCUGUGACCGUAGAUCUGUCUAAUCAGGUUGUCCGUGUUCUCGGCACGGCUCCAGUGAAAGCCAUCUCCGCGGCACUCGAAGAAACCGGCCGCAGUGCCAGGCUCAUCGGACAAGGAAGCUUGGAAGAUUUUGGAGUCUCUGCUGCGGUCGUAGAGUUCAAGGGCCCCGAGAUCCAUGGCGUGGUUCGUUUCGCUCAAGUCUCCAUGGAGCUUGCUCGCAUCGAAGCCACUUUCACCGGCUUGACUCCCGGCGCUCACGGCUGGUCGAUCAACACAUAUGGUGAUCUCACCAGAGGCGCUGCGAGCACCGGAGCCAUUUUCAAUCCUCAGCAGCAAGACACCGAGGUACACAAAAACAUAUUUUUUUUCCUUCUCGACUCAUUUGGAAACUUGUCCCAGCCUCUUGGAGAUCUUGGAGCUGUUGUAGCCGACGAAACCGGGCGGGCGGACUUCGCAGGAACAAAGACCGGCUUGCGAGUCACGGACUUGAUCGGCCGAGCUCUCGCCAUCUACGCCACCGCUGACAAAUCCGUCCACGGCAUCGCCGCCGCCGUAAUUGCUCGAAGCGCUGGAGUCGGGGAGAACUACAAGAAGCUGUGCUCUUGCGAUGGAACCAUCAUCUGGGAGUCGUGAAGUUCUUGCAAACAAAAAAAUUCUCGUAGCUAUGAUCGACUAGUACAAGAAGCUGUGCUCUUGCGAUGGAACUAUCAUUUGAAUCGUGAAAGAAGAAAAAAUCUCGUAGCUAUGAUCUUGCGAUAGAACUAUCAUCUGGGAAUCGUGCAGUUCUUGCUAAGUGAAUCGAAAAAAUUCGAUAUUGGUA